UCAGAGAAGUCAGAUGAUGUAGGAUGCCGCUGCGCCCGACCAGAUAGCGGUGCUACUUCUAGAAGGAAAGCCUCCCCAUCCGAGAAUCAAAACAAGGACCAGCCCCCGCCCAGAUUCCCGACAGACACUCGCGAGCAGCAUCCAGGACCGUUCGCGACUCCACGGUGCGCUCAACCUCAGAUCACAGGCCGCGUGGACGUUGGACCCAGCAGGACAGUGUGUGAGUGUGUGUGUGUGUGUGUGACUUGCACAGCGGAGGCUAACGGGAUCUGUGAUCAUGGGUGUGUGGAGCACGACUCUCCAGCUCGCCCUCCUACUGCUGGGCUACACGGCGGCAGGGCCCAACGCACCGAGAGCGCCGGUGUUCCUGGUCAGGGAGGAGGCCAGUCAGGUGAUGGCCCGGCAGAAAAGGUCCAACACUGGGGAGAAUGAGAGCCAGAUGCCCCCCAACCUGGAGCGAGAGUGUCUGGAGGAGAUCUGCAACUACGAGGAGGCCAGAGAGGUGUUCCAGGAUGCCUACCGCACGGACAUCUUCUGGUCCGUGUACAUCGAUGGAGACCAGUAGCGGAGCAGCCCUGUAAGAAGCGGGGCCAUGUGUUGGGACAGCGCUGACUAUGACUGUGUCUGCAAGGCCGGCUUCUCCGGGGUCCACUGCGAGUCAGAUCAGACGGUGUGUGCUGUUGACGACAGUAAGGGCUGUGGUCAGUUCUGCAAGCCUGGCUACCAGUCAUACGAGUGUUCAUGCGCCCGCGGGUGGAAGCUACAGCAGAAGGAGAAGUGUGUGCCUGCUGCAACAUUCCCCUGUGGUAAGGUGAACAGUCUAAGUCAGUGGGAGAAUCGUCAGUCCAGUAACGUCCGCAGCGCAUACCAGGGACUGGCCUGCAAUGCAGAGGAGUGCCCAUGGCAGGCUCUGCUUAGGAGCUCUGAGUCCAGUGGAUUCUGCAGUGGGGUCAUCUUGAAGGAGAAACUGGUCCUGACUACUGCCCAGUGUGUCAACAAGUACUCCGGCUUUCAGGUGUCAGUGGGUAAGCGUGUGACGUCGAUGGAGCCAGGAGAGCAGACGCUCUACGUGCAUAAAGUGCACACACACCCUCGCUAUGUGAGUGGGCGACCGGACUACGACCUGGCGCUGAUCGAGCUGCGUGAGAAGAUGAUCUUCAAGAAGAGCGUCUUCGCCGCCUGCCUGCCCGAGAGGGACUUCGCAGACAGCAUCCUAUUGGCUGGCAAGUACAUGGGUGUGGUCACGGGGUGGAGCCAAGCCUCUGACGCGACGGAUGUGAAGGGAUCUCUGACACUCAACCACCUCUCCUACGAGACACUGGACAAGUGUGUGGAGAGGUUCAACGGCCAGGUGACCAAUAAGAUGGCUUGCUCGUUGCCCCGGGAGAAGGCGGACUGUGUGAUUGGUCCAGGCAGCCCGGUUCUCACGCUCUACAAGGAAGUGUUCUUCCUCACCGGAGUCAUUAGCCCUUCCCCCGAGCCCGGCUGUCGUCAAGGUUACGUCAUGCAGAAGGUGUCACGUUACAUGAACUGGCUCCAGCCAUUGGUGGACACCCUGUAGGGGAGGCGGGUCCAGGUGAUAGGGGGCGUGUUUUUCAGCUACUAUCCUGACACACUCACACACACACACACAGACACACACAUACACACACAUGCAUACACACUCACACACACACAUACACACACAUACACACA